CGAUUUGCUCACUUGGUCACCAGCACAUUCUUGCCUCGCGGCGUGACAAUGCAGAAGAAAAGAGGCCAUCAACGAAGAACGAAUCCAGGCGGAAAACAGGCGGGCCAUGUCCACCGCCGCCAGGCGACAAGGGGGGAAAAGAAAAAACACCCUGUCUAUAGGUGCCAUGGCAUGCUACAAAAUUAGGGCAAAGUGUGUCUGUCUUGAGCCACGAUGCUCGGCGGGGGAUGAACCGCCUUCUGGGGAAAGCUAGGGGCAAAACGUGGACCGCCAUCUCUCCUCCCCUAGGAUUGGCGUAGCCAAAGGGAAGAAAAAAGCAAGGAAGGAAAAGCCACAUUUCAUUGCAUGUCACACGGAUGUCUUUGAUGCCAUCUUUGACCGACUGCUGUCCUCCCCAAAUCACGAAAAUCUCAGACGCUGUCAAGUCUGCCGUAUGCCUCUUCGGUCGGCCCAUGCUCCUUCCGAUUGGAACCAGGGUAAUGGCGCAAGGUGGAAUUCGACAGAUUCUGUGCAAGGGGCUUGUAGCACCCUGCGGACACCUGCAACCAGGGUGCGGAUGGGUGCUGCAUGUUGUCGGCAAGCCCGGUCGUGUUAGUAACUUGGUGUCACCAUGGUCUCAGACAAGAGCAGCCUGGUGCGGAGGAGCAAAGUCGAGCGGCAACCCAAGUCUCCGAGUUCAUUUGUCACGAGUCUAGGAGGCAGAGUUACUGGGUGCUGGAGUUCUUGUCGCUCUAUGACUUUGGACCUCUAUACGAGCCAAGCGAAAGUCGAAACUUCAGAGAGAUAGAGAUCAGACACCACCGCAUCCAUGUGACUCUUGACAGCUUUCUCCGAGUGGGACUGAUGAUCGCUAUGAUUUGAUAGCUCAGGUAGAAGCGAGGACAUGUUGCAGUUGGCGUACAAUCUGCUGGCGGCUAAUCGUGUCACGCAGAGGCACGAGAGAGAAAGGUGCUCUGUUCCCGAGCGUUGGGUUAUACGAGGGAGAUGUCUAGAGGUCAAGAAAUCCUCAUCACUACCGAGCACUGAAGUCCCGUGAAUCGGGAGUGGGCGCAAACACGCCAAGGACAGAGCUCGAGCCUCGCACUGCACCAAAAAUAU